AUGGCAGACUACUCCGCGAUUCAGGCGCUGCACAAGUCGGCGCCCGCGUUCUCGCCCUAUGUCCCCGUCGGGCUGCUUCCGUAUAUCGCGUUCGUUCUGCUAGGCGGCACGUUUGCACUCGCUUUCUAUUUCUCGACACUCCCUAAAACGACUGUCCCUGUCCAAGAGACCCUCAUUGCCUCGCUUGCCAGCGUCCUCGGCGGUUUCGGCGUAGUCGCGCUUUUCAACAGCGUAGGCGUUUACGUGUAG